AGUCUCUUCUAGUCUGUUGAACAGUACGUAACGUGUGGAUCGCUCCGCUCGUACCUCUCUCUUUUUCUCAUUCCGAUCGCAUACAGUUAUUACACACAUUUUUUUAUCGUUCGGUCCGAUACCUUCGCGAUUAUGUCAAAGAAGUCGACGCGUCGCCUCUCGGCCGGCAGCGUCUCGUCUAUCGCGCAAAUUGUAUAAGUCAAGCAUUGUCGUCGUUAUCGUCGUCGUCGUGUGAAGUUGACGCACGACGUCGUGUGAAGUUGUCGCACGACGUCGCGCGCGCGGACGUCGAUGCGGAGGAGUCGACGACGGCGCGCUCGUCAAGCGCCUCCGAGAAUAACGUGGGACGACGCUAACGCGAACAAGUUGACAGUUGACAGCUGAACGCGGCGCGAAGGAAGAGGAGGAGGAGGAGGCGGCGGCGGCGGCGGCGGAGGCGGAGGCGGAAGAGAAGGACACGGUGCUCGCGUGGUGUGGCUUCGUGUCAUCGUGUGCGUGUUGUGCGUGCAUGUGUGCGGGCGGCGCGGACCACCCCGGUGUUGAAGAGGACGACGCGGCGGUGGACGACGACGGCGGGAAUCACGCGACACGACGAUGACGGCGAUGUUGGUGUCCGUUGCGGAGCUGUCCAACAUCUUCUCGGUGCUCGCCGUGCUGAUAUGUUUCUGCGGGGUCUUUCUCUUUAUCAUGAGGAACAUGAUGGUGCUACGCGUUCACGGGGACGACCUGAUGUUCGGCGGCGGCGGCGGUGGAGGUAACAAUGUGAUAACGCAUUCGCCGCGCAUACCGCAAAUGGAGAUGAUGAAGGUUCACAUCCCCUUCACCUUCAAGCUUCACGAGAGCUUCAAGAGCACGUACGCCGAAGUGGAGUGCGAGGUGUCCAGCCAAGUGGAGUACUCGUUGCAGGCGAUCUGGGGCGUCAGCAUCCGGGAGCUGCAUCUAGCGCUCUGGAAGCCCUGGAACACGUUGCGGGACGCAUCCCUGAACGGAACCCUUCUACAGGGCCAUGCGCAAUAUCUUACGGCGCCGCAAACUAGACAGCCGCAUGGGGAGGAAACGCUAAGAUUAUCGCUUCCAGCGCCGGAAUUGGAGCUCGGUACUCCGCCACGGCUCUGUUACCCAUUGGUGAUCUUUCUCACUCGGAGAGACAAUCGAGAUCCACAUCCUGAUGAAACUGUGGCACUGGUGAACGUCGUUCACAUCAAGGACAGCGUGUGCACGCUACCGACUUCGAUCUUAGCGCAGUACUUGAAGCAAGCGAACGGCCAGCUGUCUUGCUUAAAGCAACUCUAUCUAGCCACGGGUAACUCGAGCAACUACGAUGAGAGCGAUGCGAUGUCAUCGGCAGGCCUAGGUUCGCCGGCUCUCGCGCUUGCCGAACCGUGCAACAACAACAACAACGGCACCAACGCCCGCGGCGCCUUGGUGUCGUCCGGCCAGGGCGAUCAGGAGAACGGUUCUCUUUGGAAUACCGCGGGCGAACAGCUAUGUGUCGUCUGCCAGUACUUUCCGCUGUCGCGCGCCCUGUUACCCUGUCGACAUACCUGCAUCUGCGCCUCGUGCUUCGGCAAGCUCGACCGAUGCCCGAUGUGUCGCAGCCCGAUCAAGAGCUACUUCUGCAUACGCAGCGAGGAAUACAUGCCACCAGAGAAAGAGAUCAAUCCCUGCAAGCAGCGCCAGCCGAGCCACGGACCCACCCAUUGGCUUCAUGAUUGGAACGACCGGCUCACUGAUUUCCUCGGCUUCGCUCGAUAGAGGAUCGCUCUAUCUACAAGGUCGCUUAUAUCUUGUAUACCCAGUGUCAGAAUGGUUAAGAAAGUAUUUGUUUGAUAUAGAUAAUUUCUACAGGUUUUUUUUUCUUUUUCAUUCCUAAAUUCAAGAUGUAGAUAAGUCUCUCUCAUUGAUCGGUAAAAUGUUAAAUACGUUCUGGAUGCAUUUUAUGUAGAGGAAUGGAAAAGAGUAUUAUUAAAUUUCUAUCUUCUUUUCCAAAUUAAAUUAUAGAGGUUAAAAAUAUUUCAAGAUAUACAAAAAUAAAAUAAAUAAUAAAUCUAUUUUCUCCUGAGAACAUAAAAACAAAAUCGCAAUUUUUUAACUUUGUUCAAUUUUUAAACAUUAAAGAUUCCAUUUCAUUUUAAAUUUUUAUCUGUUUGACUCGAAGAAGUUAUAUUUCAUUUAACAAAGAAUUUUAAUAGCUGUUGUUAUUCAGAAUUUUAAUAUUGAGAUACAUUUGUGUAGAAGUUAUCUAUAAAACAGGAAAUAUUAACCAUAUUGACCCGUGGCUGUAGUAUGAUUCAUCGUUCGAUUCUAAAUAAGGUGCGGAAGUUCAUGAGAAUUUAUACAUAUGCACGCAAGGAAGACACUAAAGUGAUUAGAUUGUCUAUUUGCCAUUGUACGGCAUUACAAAUAGUUUUCAUGCAUACCGAGUAUCAGCGAAUCAUCGGACGCUUUUUCAAUCGCAGCUUUUUCGGUCACUUUAGAAACGAAUAUUUUUUCAUGUUCUUUUUUAUUAGAAAAAUGAGAAUAGUCUUCACCGUACCAAUUUUUAAUGUUAUAUAUCUGAAAUUAACAAAUAUUAAAAUUUUAUUAAAAUGUUUAUAUUUGGAAUUAUUUAAAAAUAUUACAGUUUUAUAUCAAAGAUUUUUUUUCUAAAGAAUCCAUUUUGUGUAAAUCAUCUUCAAUCAUCGACUAUUUAAAAAUUGAAUACAAGCGCUCUAUCUGUUUUAAAAAGUUCUUUUAAAUUAUGUGAAUCUAAAAUCAUUAAAAAAAAUAGUUCUUUGUCGAUAAUUAAUAACGCAAAUAUUAAAUGUUUUAUUUCUUUUAUCGAAAUAUAGAUUAUAGAUCCAGUUUCGGCACACCCUAUAUAUAAAUAUAAUGUAUCCCCUUCACGUAUUGUAUGUAUAUAUCGCGUCAUCGGACCGAGUGACCCGGCCAAAUCUCAGAUUAUUCAAUCGGUUAACCAUGAAAAACGAACUUUCACAUCUAUUUAAAAGGUAGACAUGUAUGAUUCAGUUAGAUUGUUCUCGCGUAUUAAGCUAGACAUUUCCGCGGAUUAAACGCAAGUGAUUGCACUUCUAUCACGAAACUUAGGUACUCAUGUAAUAUAAUUAACAAUUAAAAAUUUAAUGUUUAUAAAUUAUUAAUAAGUUACGCAAUGUGUUAAAUCGACAAAAAGCAGUUUCAAACUUUUCUUAUCAACAUCGAGAAUUUGCGAACAUAAUGUUUGAUCCGGAAAUGUUUAACUGUACAUGUGAAGAUAAGAGUGAUGCCGAGUAUAUUUAUUUUACGCUUGGGAAAACUAUUCGAAGAAAAAUUUGAGGAGUUGUCAAAAUAUCGAAAGAAAUGUGACAUCAUAAAUUUUCGUCGAAUACGGUAUCGGCCUAAUAAGAACCAGGCACAAAAAAUUGCCUUUAACAUAGUUUAAUUAUACGGAUAUAAUUUGCUUUGGUCACAUUUCGCAUUUGGGCAAAUAAAAUCGUUUGUUUCGAUCUCCAAGUCUCUCAUCGAUUUCACAUUUAGAAUGUGAUUUACCAAGCAAUGAAAUCAUUUUAAUAGACAAAUAUUGCGAAAAGAUCUUCAUAUGAAUAUGUAAGAAAUACAGACGACAGAGAGCUAAAAAAAAUAAGAAAUGCAGUUGUCAAACAGAUUGAUUGGAGAAGUUCAGAUUGUAUUUGUAUAGUUAAACUUUUUCAGAGACAAUUUUUUUUUGCGCCGUUUUCUACGCCUGGCUCUUAAUAUUUUCGAUACUGCAUUUGAUUUAUAUUUUAUUAUUAGAGCCAUAUCUCAUCUUUAUAAAUUUUCAGUUUCUUAAAAUGAGCAAAAUUUUUUUUAAUAUAAUAGAAAAAAUUAGAAUCAGUAUCUUAAUGUACAUAAAAAAAUUGUUAAAAAUCAUCUCGAGAUAGAGAUCGAUUUAUGCUUGAUUGAAAAUAAUUCUAGUUUUAUAUUAGAAUUUUAUUUUUUCGAAACAUGUUCAAAAAUUAUAGUCGCUUGGCUUUACGACGUGGAAUAAUGCUUUUCUCAAAAUUCACAAUGAAUGAAAUGAUGAAAGCACAUUAAGAUUAUGGUAUAUUAUUCAACUUUAUUAUUUCUAUAGAUCUCGAAAUAGAUGAUUAAAUUUUAGAAAUGUAUUUUAUUUAUCUUGAGGAUUUAAAAAAAAAUCAUUUUCCGAGUUAUACAUUUUUUUUUCAUUGCGAUAGAUUUUUUUGCGUGGCAUUGUCGUAGCCAAAUUUUGAACACGACUUAAGCUACAAUUGAACAAUACCUAUUCUUGUACUGAUUGUGAGAAAAGACAUGCUUGAGUAAUACCGUAGACACUGAAUACUGUCGGGAAAAAAUUUCGAGAAUGCAAUUGUAUUCUCCUAAAUGUCUGUGUAUAUAUUACUCAACGUAACCGGAAAAAUUUUUACUAUGUGACGUUUUAUAUUUGUAAGUAUGUUUAGAUGUAAAUAUACGCGCGCACACACACUAUGCUAAGUGACGAAUCUACGUAUUCGCCAUUAGAUUACUCGAUUAUUUGGAUUUAUAUACGAUUAAUAUGUACGUGUAAGUUUACCUAUCUAGUGUAACGCUCGCUCUCGCGAGAAGUAUUUCCUUUGAAAAAAAAUCCACCCGCACGUAUAAUUAAAGUAUUAUAAAAGCCCAUUUUCGCAAAUUCCACGAAUUAAAUGGUAUAUGAAUGGCGAGUUUCGUUAGUUAAUAAAAUGCAAGACAGAGUAUUUGAUUGAGAGAAGGUGAGAGAUAUUAAUUCGCUACAUUAAGAGAUCAUCAUUUUAACAUUUAAUGCUGUAAAUAGACAGACUGUGAUAAUUCUAACAAUGUUUGCGCGAAUGUGUCCCGUGAACGGAGAGCUAUGAGAAGAAAAAGGGACCGUUUGGGAUAAUCUUUCCUCCGGGAAAGAGAGGCCAUAGUGAUCUAUGCAGGUUGAUCGAAGAAUAUUGAGAGAGUGUGAAGGCCUUUGCAGUCAAUUUAUCGUAAAAGAAAUUUAAUAUAUCGAGUUUUAAGCAAUGAAAAACGCGAAUUUCGAACCGUUCGAACCGGCUCGAAGCGUACUUGUAUAUAAUUUAUUUAAAUAAAGUGUAUUAGCUGGCAUUUUA